CCCGGUCGGGCGGGUAAAUAACAGAUGCGGGUGAAAGAUCCAUCCAAAGCUGUAUCUGAGAAAGCCAAAAGAUGUAAAAGGCUUACAAUACCUCAUGAUGAAGAUUCUUCAGAUGACAUCGCAGUGGGCUUCACUUGCCAACAUGUCACUCAUGCUGUAAAUGUGCAUCGUGUGAAGAGAGCAAUAGCUGAGAAUCUGUGGUCAGUUUGCUCAGAAUGUUUAAAAGAAAGAUUCUAUGAUGAACAGCCAGUACUGCCUUCUGAUAUUUGGUUGUGCCUCAAGUGUGGUUUUCAGGGAUGUGGUAAAAACUCAGAAAGCCAGCAUUCACUGAAGCACUUCAAAAGUUCAAGAACAGACUCCCAUUGUAUUAUAAUUAGUCUGAGCACAUGGAUUAUAUGGUGUUAUGAGUGUAAUGAAAAAUUAUCAACACUUUGUAAUAAGAAGGUUUUGGCCCAGAUAGUUGAUUUUCUCCAAAAACAAGUGUGUAAAGCACAAGCAAGUGCAUUUUCUAGAAUCGUAAAACUUUAUGAAGAAAAAUGUGAAACAAGUGGACUAAAGAAGGGGAGAAAAGACAGCUGUAUAACAUCUGUAAAAGGAAUUACAAAUUUAGGGAAUACUUGCUUUUUUAAUGCUGUCAUGCAGAACUUGGCACAGACUUACAUUCUAACUGAGCUAAUGAAUGAGAGCAAAGAAAGUGGUACAAAACUAAAGAUUUUUCCUUCCCCAGACUCUCAGCUGGAUCCAUUAGUGGUGGAACUUUCAAGCCCUGGACCACUGACCUCAGCCUUGUUCCUGUUUCUUCACAGCAUGAAGGAGACUGAAAAAGGACCGCUUUCUCCUAAAGUUCUUUUUAGUCAACUUUGUCAGAGGGCUCCUCGGUUUAAAGGUUUCCAACAGCAGGACAGUCAGGAGCUUCUUCAUUAUCUGCUUGAUGCCUUGAGGAUUGAAGAAACAAAGAGAAUGCAAGCUAGCAUUCUAAAAGCAUUUAAUAACCCAACUACUAAAACUGCUGAUGAUGAAACUAGAAAAAAUGUCAAAGCAUACGGAAAAGAAGGUGUGAAAAUGAACUUCAUAGAUCGCAUCUUCAUUGGUGAAUUAACUAGCACGGUCAUGUGUGAAGAAUGUGCACAUAUUUCCACGGUGAAAGAUCCUUUUAUUGAUAUUUCACUUCCGAUAAUAGAAGAAAGGGUUUCAAAACCUGUACCCCUGGGAAAAGUGAGUAAAUAUAGAAGUUUACAGGAGACAAAUAAUAGUCAGUACAGUGGCACUGUUACUAAAGAAAAUACUCAUCAACCCGAAGCUACCAAAAAGGAUUCUUCAUCUAAAUAUAAGAAUCAACUAAUUCAUGACAGAAAACAUAUAAGAAAAUUGUCAUCUGGAGAAGAGAGAAUUGUUGUUGUAUACCAGAAAAACGAAAACCUUGAAAUGAAUGGAGAGUCUUCAGUGUUGUUUCCAAACAUCAGGAACACUGAAUCAACUCUGAAUGAAAGCCCAACUGAUGGCAGUGAAAAGGAAGCCAGCCAUUCUGAAAGUAGUGUUGAUGCUGACAGUGAGGCUUCAGAAUCUGAAAGUGCUUCAAAGCAGACCAUGUUAUUGCAGUUCAGUAAUGUACCAGGUGUGCACAUGGAUGGACCCGUUCACCACCCAUCAACAAGUGAAUUGCCAUACACCAAGGAAACUGACAGUGGUGAAGAGAGAAUGGCUGGGGCUAUUUCUGAACUUCAUUUGAGCAACACUAUCACCGGAGAUGGAGAUUUUGACAGAGAAAAUCAGCCACUAAAUAUUCCAAAUAAUUUAUGUUUUUCAGAAGAGAAGCAUACGAUGUCUCACAGCCCCCAAAAUGCUUUUCAGACCCUUUCUCAAAGCUAUAUAACUACAUCGAAAGAAUGUUCAGUUCAGUCCUGCCUCUACCAGUUUACAUCUGUGGAAUUACUAAUGGGGAAUAACAAGCUUCUGUGUGAGAAUUGUACUGAAAAGAAACAGAAGAACAAGGAAACCAGUUCUGCAGAAAAGAAAGCAGGAGGAGUUUAUACUAAUGCCAGGAAGCAAUUGCUAAUUUCUGCUGUUCCGGCUGUCUUAAUUCUCCAUCUUAAAAGAUUCCAUCAGGCUGGCUUGAGUCUUCGCAAAGUAAACAGACAUGUAGAUUUUCCACUCUUGCUUGAUUUAGCACCAUUCUGUUCUGCUGCUUGUAAGAAUGUAAGUGUGGGAGAUAAAGUUCUCUAUGGUCUCUACGGAGUAGUGGAACAUAGUGGCUCAAUGAGAGGAGGUCACUACACUGCUUAUGUGAAAGUGAGAACACCCUCCAGGAACUUAUUGGAACAUACCACUGGAAAAAAGAAUAUACAUGGUUUGAAAGAAUCUGAGAGUGAAUCAGCAGGACAGUGGGUCCAUGUGAGUGACACUUACGUGCAGGUGGUUCCAGAAUCAAGAGUACUUAGUGCACAAGCUUACCUUCUUUUUUAUGAAAGAAUAUUAUAAUUACAUGUCAAUUAUUAAUGGUAAUGAUUAUUUAGAUCACUUUUAUUUAAAUGCUGCAAUGAUAAUCAUAAUAUGUAAUGUGCCUUUAUAGCCUUCUCUCAGAUUCUAUAAGAAUAGCAUGUCCUUCAACUGCUCCUGGACUUUUUGACCAUUUUUUUGAACCCUUUUAAAAUAAAUUAAAUUUACUCAAUACCUUCAAAUUGAUAAUCUUAAAAUAAAUAUAAGAACAUGUUUUUUCCAAAAUAUUUGUCCUGGAAAAAAAAAAAAAAAAAAAAGUUA